CCCUCGGUGACUGACAACGCAGCGCGACAGCCUUGCGCAGACUACCGACGCCAUCCUUCACCCAAAUCCAGCGUGAAACAGAAAGCCAAACGAAAACAUGAGCUUCUCGGUAGAACAGAGGGGAAACCAGAACUCCCUGAGCUACCGCUUGUUUUUCAAAAAUGCUGAAGGGAAGUACAUCUCACCAUUUCAUGACAUACCUAUGUAUGCUGACGAGGGCCAGAACAUCUUUCACAUGGUUGUUGAAGUGCCAAGAUGGACAAAUGCAAAAAUGGAGAUUGCUACAAAAGACCUGUUGAAUCCAAUAAAGCAGGACGUUAAGAAGGGCAAGCUGCGCUAUGUUGCCAAUGUUUUCCCACAUAAAGGCUACAUAUGGAACUACGGAGCCAUUCCUCAGACGUGGGAAGAUCCGGCACAUAAAGAUGGAGAUACUGGCUGCUGCGGUGACAAUGAUCCCAUAGAUGUCUGUGAGAUCGGCAGUAAGGUGUGCUCCCGUGGUGACGUAAUCAAAGUGAAAGUCCUCGGCAUCCUGGCCAUGAUCGACGAGGGCGAAACAGAUUGGAAAGUGAUUGCAAUCAAUGUCGAUGACCCCGAGGCCAGCGAGUUUAACAACAUUGGUGAUGUCCGGCGCCUGAAACCUGGCUACCUGGAGGCCACAGUCAACUGGUUCAGGAGGUACAAAGUGCCAGAUGGGAAACCAGAAAACCAGUUUGCUUUCAAUGAGGAGUUCAAAGACAAGGACUUUGCCAUUGAAGUAAUCAAGAGCACUCACAACUUCUGGAACACCCUCAUUUCCCAAAAAGUUAACGCUGGUGAACUGAACUGCAAAAACACAUGCGUCUCAGCUGGCGACAGCCCUUUCUGCUGCUCUGCAGAUGAAGCUACUGCUGCUGUUGGUGAGACAUGGCCGUGUGGAAAAGAAGAGCCUGUCCCCUCGUCAGUUGAUAAAUGGUUCUACUAUGAGAGGAAGUAAAAGAAGACCUUCAAGUGGACCAGGAGGAAAGCUCAUCUCUCACAGGAAUACUUGAAGACAGACUUGGAUUAGGAACCAAUGGGAUGAUGGGUGGUGGGGUCUGGGUUUACCUAUUUUCUUGUAGAUGGAGAAGAAUAGCGAUACUAUUGAUCAAUAGUAAUGAUACUGUAGAGAAAGAGAGCACUUAUGUCAUGACCAACGAUUUUUCGCUUAUUUACCAAAAAAAAAAAAAAAAAAAAAGUAAUCUCUUUGGAGAUGUGCUGUAAUGAACAAAGUACAGGUACUGUGCCUAGUAGAUACGUGUGUCCUGUCUGAGACUGAACUGCUUUAAUAAAGCUUCUCUGGUUAAUUUAUCGUCAA